AUGAAGCAAUCGGGUACAUGCUCGACUGCGGCAGCGUCAGUCAAAUCGUCCCCGCUCCCUUUUGUCACUGGGUACCUUUUGAAUCAAGGAUGGACCCAGUAUAUCAAUGUUAAUCUACACCAUCUGUUCUUCAUUGGGCGUUUGAGGAAGGUCGUGAAAACUGAACAAGCUGUACCAGAAACGACCGAACUAACGCGAUGCUUUGGAUGGAGGAAGUCCGAUGGCACGAUAUCCUAUGAUCCAAUUGUAUUCAACGAGGCCUUCCUCCCGUUGCUACAGGAUGCAUUCAAGGGAAGUCCCGCGGAAGGUGUUGUCGAAAAUCUCUUUCGAGGGAAGAUGAGACGCGGUUCAGAAUACAAAGAUUUCUAUGGUAUGUGCUUAGCAUUCCUCCGAUGGCCUUCUGAGGCAGAUGUCCAGUUAUUCUCAGCUCUGGAAGUUCGCGUCCACAAGAUGAAAUCUCUGCGCGACUCGCUACUCCACUUUACAACCACACACCAGUUCGACAGCGAUCCAUAUGUUCUGCCGACUGGAACAAGCCCAUCAACGGGAGAACAAGUUACUUUUGUAGAACUUCCUCCAAUUCUACAGAUUGGGCUGACCCUCUUCGAGCUGGAUGGCGAGAACGACAACGUCUUUCGGGUCGACAACGAAUCAUUCGAGCUCCCAGAAGAGAUCGACCUGGGCGAGUUUAUGGAUCCGAAUCCAGGGAGGGUGACCUCCCAAUCAUCAGUCUAUCGCCUAUUCGGCGCGACGCUCCAUCAAGGAAGAGGGCAAUCCGAGGGAUACACCUUGAUGGUUUCCCCUCGCUGCAGGUCUGACGAAUGGCUACACUUCGUCGAACAUGCGAGGGCUACGGCAUGCGAGGGCCCCAUCAGCGGUCGCUGGGGCAGCAAGGCUAAGAUUGCGACAUAUGUACGAGCCUUAUCGAUCACCGAAGUCCUGGGCGAAUUUGAUGAUUUCGAUAAAACCGUCCCACCACAUAUCGUUAAAAGAAGUGUAAGGCAUCCAGAGGGAAGUCUGGACCAAGACAACACAUACCCUGUGUCCUUUAUCACAGACGAUGUAAUGCGUCGCCACACUGGCGUUGAUUUGUUCGACACCUCUUACAUCGGAGGGCAUCCUAGCGUCAGAAUCCCUCGCCUCUAUGCAAAGUACGAAGAAACCUUGGGCGAAUUCAAGAACAGAGUGGCACGGUAUCUCGACUUUCCCGCCCAUGGUCUUCGGAUAUGGGUGAUGGUUUGUCGACAGAAUGGAACAGUCCGACCCAAUACCGAGCUAGAAGAUUCAAAGAUGACCAUGAAGAAAGUUUACCACAUUUACCGUCGCUCACGAGAGCCAGUAUUCCCGCAACCAGGCUUGGCGGUAUAUGUCGGAAAGGGCCACGCGCCCCCACACAGUGCUCUACUUUUCCUCAAGUACUUUGACAUAGAACAGCAACGCCUUUCCUACAUAGGCUCCGUGGAGGUCUCUGGGACGGACGACGUCCAGACCCUCGUUCCCAUAAUUAACCACAAAAUGGGGUGGGAGGCUGACACGGACCUGGUGCUAUACGGGAGGAAACUUUCUGACGAAGAGAUCAAGAAAUACGAAGAUCGAGGACCGGUGCACUCGUUAGAGGAAGUUUACACCCAAAUAGCUCGCAAGCUUACGUUCUUGUUUCAACCGUACGAGCAUACCACCAAAUUCUCUCUCGAUAAGCGAGAGCUGUAUCGUGAGAUGGAUCGGAAACAAGACCCAGAAUUUGCAAUUACAAUCGAUGAGGAGCUUACUGUCGAUGAACUCCUAAAACAAUUCGGACGACACCUCCAACUCGAACACGACCCAGGAACGAACAACCUCGAAGACCACGUCCGGUUCUUCACCAUGGACUGGGACUACGUCCAACUCUAUUACGACGAAUCGGUGAAAGAGCUAUUCGAAACGUACAUACCGGCUGCAUCGAGGCGUACUUCUAGGGUGUUGCCACUCCUUUAUGAGAGGUUUUGA